AGGCGUGGCGGGCGCGGCGGCGGCUCCGGCCGGGUCUGCGGGUACGGGGCAGCGGUGGCGGCAGGGGCACCGCGGGCCGAGAUGCCGCUCUUCGCCCCCAACCCCUUCGAGCAGGACGUGGAAAAAGCUACAAAUGAAUACAACACCAGUGAGGACUGGGGACUUAUCAUGGAUAUUUGUGACAAAGUUGGAAGCACUCCCAAUGGAGCCAAGGAUUGCCUUAAAGCCAUCAUGAAGAGAAUGAAUCACAAAGUUCCCCACGUGGCUCUGCAAGCUCUCACACUUUUAGGAGCCUGUGUCUCAAACUGUGGGAAAAUAUUCCACUUGGAAGUGUGUUCCAGGGAUUUUGCCACUGAAGCUCGAGCUAUAAUAAACAAGGCUCACCCAAAAGUGUGUGAAAAGCUAAAAACCCUCAUGGUGGAGUGGUCAGAAGAAUUCCAGAAGGACCCACAAUGUAGCUUAAUAUCUGCAACCAUCAAAUCCCUGAAGGAAGAAGGGGUCACUUUUCCUGCAGCAGGAUCCCAGGCUUCCACCAAUGCUGCCAAGAGCAGCUCCUCAUCCAGUAAAUCCAAAGAAGAUGAGGACAUAGCUAAAGCUAUUGAAUUGUCUUUGCAAGAGCAGAAGCAGCAGCAAAUGGAGACCAAAUCCUUGUACCCACCUGCAGAAAUGGCAGCAAACCCCCCGAGCCUGAGGAAGGUGCGAGCUCUGUAUGACUUUGAAGCUGUCGAGGACAAUGAGCUCACCUUUAAAAGUGGAGAAAUUAUUUUUGUUUUGGAUGACAGUGAUGCCAAUUGGUGGAAAGGGGAGAACCACAGAGGAGUGGGGCUUUUCCCAUCCAAUUUUGUGACCUCUGACUUGACUGUGGAGCCUGAGGCAGCAGCUGUGGAUAAGAUCUCUGUUCCUGAGGAUGCCACAGAAGAAAUUAAGAAAGCAGAACCUGAGCCAGUUUAUAUUGAUGAGGAUAAGAUGGAUAAAACACUGCAGGUACUUCAGAGCAUAGAUCCCACGGAUUUAAAGCUUGAUUCUCCAGAUCUGCUCGACUCAGAAGAUAUCUGCCAGCAGAUGGGUCCAAUGAUAGAUGAAAAACUAGAAGAGAUAGAUAGGAAACAUUCCGAGUUAUCCGAACUGAAUGUGAAGGUUCUGGAAGCUCUGGAGCUCUACAACAAGCUGAUGAAUGAGGGCCCCAUGUACUCAGCCUACUCCAAACUCCAGCACCCUGCACAAUUCCCACCCACCUCCUCUGUGCAGUCGUAUCCUGUGCAGCCUCCCAGUGGGAAUUACUUGAUGCAGGGAGUGUCCAUGUCCCCAGGAUACAGCCUGGCCCCGGAGCACAUGGCCCAGGUGAGGUCUCUGCCCCAGAGCAUCAACUCUGCAGCCACCCAGCCACCUCCAGCUGCUUAUUUAAGCCCCGGCCCCGAGCCCGCGCUGCCGCCGCCGCCUCCGCCCUUCCCGAGCGUCCCCGGCACCGGCGCCUUCCCCCAGCAGCGGAUGGGCACGGCCGCCGACGUGGCAGCGUUCCAGAGCACCCGAGGACCGCCUUACCCAGGGCCGCUCCCUGCUCAUUCCCUGCUCCGGCAGCAGCGGCAGCAGCAGCAGCAAACGAAUUUCCAUCGGCAGCCUCUGCUUUGAACGAGCCGGGGUCGAGGAAUCGUGGCCCAGUUCUGAUCUUUGGGAGUCCCUGCCGUGGGUAUCAAAAGUCCGUUUUCUUCUCAAAUAACCCAACUCGCUGCGUUAGGGCGAUGCAGAGUAAAAAUAGGCACCGGCUCUGAUGGUUAUUUGCAUUUUUGCAUCCUGAACUAGAUUAGGGGAUGGUUUAAAAUAAUUCCCCGUUCCUCCAAGUCCUUAUUUUUUUUCCCCUCUUCCCUGCGCUUUCAGGAAACGCCACUUGCGAAUCUUUGAAAGAUUGUCCCAAAAUAAUUCUCUUUUCAAUGUGUUUCUGGAAGCUUGAGGAUGCUGAGAUGCUGUUGCUUUGCCUCCUCUGGUGUCUCCUGUAAUCCUUCUGUCCCAGUGGCUUUAGGGAACCUCUGCAGUUCGGGGUCCCCUUCCUGAAGGACGCGCUGCGGAAUCCGAGGGAUCCCUGGCUCCAGCUGGAAGAGGAAACUCUGCCACUCAGGACCACAUCCCUGUGGAAAUAGGAGAAAAAGAGGGUUUUUAACAGUGCUGCCUCUUUAUUUCAGCAAACACAGAGAAUUGCUUUGUUUUUCUCGAGGAAAACAAGUUUUCCUGGCGUUGCCUGGUGUCUUGGCAGAGGUGGCACUGCCAGCAGGAGGCUCCUUGGGAAGAGCAGGCAGGGGAUGCUCCCAGCUGGGCACUCCCUGGAUCCAAGGUGCUGAGCCAGGAACUUGCACAGAACCUCUUUCCAGUUUUCCUUUCAGUUUGGAUGGAUGUAGAAGUGAAGGAGCAUUGGAAUUCUUUCUGGGAAAGGAGGGGACUGGAGAAGGUUUGAAGCUGCUGAAGACUCAGGAUUUGUUCCUUUCCCAAGGGGGAGCUGAGUGGAACAGGAAUGGUCUGGAUGGGACCAGGGGGUCCUGCCUCUCUUGGAUUUCCUUUCUCUGCCACUGUGUCCGUGUCUGAAGAAGCCCUGAUCCCAGAGGAGCUCCUACACCUCUUGGGAAAGGGGGAUGGAAGCACAUCCCAUGUGCUGCUGGGUGGGGUUGGGCUCCCGUGCUCAUGGAAAACAGCCCUGUCCCUGCAGGAGGGAUUACCUCGGAGCUGGGGAGACAAGAAAUCCAAGAAUUUCUUCCCUGAUGCACUUUUUAAAUGGUGGGGUUUGUCUGUGGGAGCAGAUGAGCUGGAUUAUCCUUUGGGAAUGUGGGAUUUCUUUCUUUUUUUCUUGUUUCAACUGCUGGGGGAAAAAAAAAAAAAAAAAAAAAAAAAAAAAAAAGAGAAAAAUCACUUCAUCCUCCUCUUUACCUCCACACUGGAGCAUGUUCACAUUUACCUUGUUUUUAAUCACCUCUGGUGAGUGAUAAUCCUUGGUUUGUGGAAACAAUGGGAGCAAAUUACUGAUAAAAACAUCCCAGUUAAAUGCAGGAAGCUCCCAGAUGUCAAAAUGAGCAUUUUUGAUGGAUAAAUUUCAUUCCAGAUUGGAACCGCCAGGCUGCUGGGUGACAAAACCCACCCUUCACUCAGCACCUCCUCCAUUUAUUUUCCCUUUUAUUCAGUUAUUUGCUAUCUUGACCUUAUAUGUGUAGCCUCAUGCUCGUGCAAAAAGAAUUCAGCACCUGCUCUUUAAAUCACUUUUUAUUCAAAUGUGUGCAAUUGGAAGGAGGAUUUUGUCUUUCUUUUGGACAUGACUUUAAUUUGUCUUGAUCCUUCCCCUGGAAGUAGCUCAGUACAAAUAACACACAUGGCAAUACUGAAGCAUUUUGAUAACUUGUUCCUUCUGUCUUUGAGGAAAUUAAUUUAUUUCAGUGCUGCUGAUCCAAAUUCUUACUGUUUGGAGCUUUUAUUUGUCAGAGUUGACUUUGUUCCAAGUUGGUUUGAGGUCAAACUAAACCUUGCUCCCAUUGCUAUGAGUUGUCCAUGUUAGGAAAUUUUAAUUGGUGGUUUUUUGGUUUUUUUUUUUUUUGAUUCUGAGCUUUGGGCCAAGAGAAAUCUUCGGCUGAGCCAGCCAGAUUUGAUUUGAUGAUGUUAAUUGUUAAGUAUAAAUAAUGUAUAUACUCAUUUGUCUGAGAUUUUCUACACACCUCCACACAUGCCUGAACUUUUAUAAAAGCAGGAUUUGUCCUUCCGUCACCUCUUCUAACUUUGUGAUAUGCAACUUGUAGAUAGUGUAAAAUAAUUUAAUUAUUAUUAAACCAGUGUAUUUAGAGGGGGUUGGUGUUUCUCUUCAUACUUCUAGACAUGAUCAUAUUUAUUUUUAAGGCCUGAUUGUAACUGAACAUGCUGCCAAAGGAUUUCUCUUAACUCCAGAUUUCUACCUUAGGUUUCUACCUGCUGUUUUCUACCAGGAAUUCAGGGUGGAGAACUCCUGCUUUUUCAUAUAAACCCUUAACAUAGGAACCUGGGCGACUUUCUAAUGAGACUUUUCAUGUGAUAUAUUUGUUUCAGGGGUGUUAAAUAUUCCUUUGGUGGGAGCUGGGGACCUGUUGUGUCUGUUCAGUUUGUCACCCCAGAGUGGUCUGAGGGGUUUGUGUUCUGUCACCUGAUGUCACCCACGCUUUGUCUCUCCAAUUGGCUCCAGAAAUAAUGUUAAAAAUCGGAUUAUUGGAACCUUC